AUGAUUUCGUAUCAACAACUACUUCCAAUAGGAUCUCUCAUGAUGAUUAGCACAUGCUCUUUCAUGCUUGGUAUAUUUUUUGCUGAUUGGCCCUAUGACUACUAUACCUUAUGGGAUUCCUCUCACGGUGAAGAAUUUUUCACAAAAGCCUUGGAUCAUUACAAGACUUUGGCCACGCAGCCUACAGUGAUUAUCAGCUCCCUUGCUGGAAUUAUGUCGAUUGGCUUCAUUGGUUCAUUUAUCAAGAUUUUCAAGCCAUCCGAGGACACCAAAUACUUUGAGUAUGGUUCUCUUAUUGCCCUCGUUUCUGCUGUUUGUAUCUACUUAACCAAUGUUAGAACGGGACAAAUGUCUGCCUUGUUUGGCGAGUGGGGUGAAGUUAGUCAGAACGUCGGAUUGAGUGUUAUUGCGGCAUCUCAGGUGAUGAUCGUUGUAUUGCUUCUCGGUGUGGUGGUGCUUCAGUGCGGCCUAUUUUACGCUGAAUAUUCAGAUUAUAAGGCCAAGACUGACUUUUACAUGAAGGAAUUGGGCGAACAGUUCAUCUCUGCCGAAGAAGCAAAACAGAGAGGAUCCAAAUCCAAGCCAUCUGAGACUAAGACUAAGUCUAAGCCUAAGUCUAAGCCUAAAUCUAAGGCUAAUGCUAGAGCUAAAACCACGGGUGCUUCUUCUAAGGAAACUUCUACCAAGUCAAGAAAGGCUUGA